AUGUCUAUAUUUGAUCAGAACAUCUUCUAAGAAUGCUUGAAUGAUUUAUUGAAUUUAAAUAUUCAAUUUGAAUAGAACUGCUAUGAACCAACAAUGAUUGAAUAUCAAGAAUUGUAAGAGGAACAGAUCAGAAAAUAAAAUGAUUAAGAUAGUAUUUAAUAGGAACCAAGCUUAUUUGAAAUAGAAAAAGAGAGUGAUGAUAAGAAAGUAGAUUAUAAAAAUUUGCCCAAAUUGAUAGGGAAUAAUUUCGAAAAAUAUUUGUUAUAAAAUGAAAGUUCGAUUCCAAGAACAAAAGGAUUGGAAAUUUUUUUGAAUUCGAGAUUGAAUAAAAAAAGUUUAAAAGAUAAGUAGGUGUCAACCAAAAUAUCCGAUUUGAGAGAAAUGUGUUAAUCUGACUUGCAAUCUUAGAGAGCUUUUAUCAAAUAUAUAAAAAGGCAAUUUAUCAUAGAUUUGGUGUAGAGUCCCAAAAUUGAGAAUCCUUUAAAAUAUUUGAAUGGGAUUAGUACUUAUUUUGCUACUGCUAACUAACCUGAGUACAUGAUUAGUAGUCAUGUACUAAGGAAAAAUAAUAAAAAAAUAAAAAAAAGAAUAAUUUGUUUUUAUGAUUUAACCUAAUCAAAAGAACAUUUUAGAAAUUUGGAGAUGAUGAUACUUCAAACUAAUUCAUUUUUUAGGAAAAUCCAUCAUCAAGGAUCUUAUCUUAUUAAGAUUAUGAAAUUGUAAAUGAGAAUAGACCCUUAUGUAUCAACAGCUUAGACAAUAUCCAGCUUAAUCAAUCCGAAAAAUGAAAAGUUUUGUUUUAAAAAUUUUCCUAAACUCUUGGGGAAUAAAUUGGUCAAGAAAAUACGCAAAGAAGCUAAAGUUCCUAAAGGAAUCCAAACUCUCAAAGAAAAAAGAGCUAAGACUCGAUAAUCAGAAAUUAAAAUACAAGAUUUAUAGUAAGUUUGUAAAACUGAUGAUGUAUCAAGAUAGUAUUUUCAAAGUUUUGUUGGUUAUGACAUGUUUUUACAUAUCUUAAAUAGUAACAAAAUUGAGGAUCCUAUUCGUCUUAUACCUGUUAUUAGUAAUUAUUGGGCAGCUUCUAAUGAGCCUGAUAAAAUGAUAAGCAAUUCCUUAAUGAAUAAAUACUUUUAAACCUAAUGA